AUGUUACCAGGAGAUCAUUUACCUGUGGACGGGACAGAGGAAGAGAGCAGCCCGACUGAAGCCCAGCCUCUGCCUGUUGCGGCCCCGCCAGCAGGAGCCUCACAGAAGACUCAGUGUGGCCUCCAGAAGCCCACCUGCCCACGAUGUGGCCUCACAGUUUUGGACCAGAGGGUCCCCCCUCUCUCCCCGGGGCUGAGCCGGCUGCAGAACUCCAGCCUGUCGCUAAAUCUGUCUAAUUCCUCACCGACAGACUCCAGUUUACACCUGCUGCUGGCGUGUUUGGACUGUGAGGUCUCUGUGCUGCUCCUGGGUCUGUUGGAGGCCUGCUCCUCCUGCCUCCACACCCUCUGCUCCUCCUGCUGCCACGCCUGCGCCCGCUGCUGCUCGGCCAUCCAGGAGGCGCCGCUGGAGGAGCUCAACUGCCACGCUCACUGCCACUCGGUGCUGUUUGAGUCUUGCUGCGAGCCGACCGAGUGUCUAGAGUUUUGUCUGGAGUGUUGCGAGAUCUGCCAUCGUAGCUGAGGACUAAAAUACAAGACGUGACGAGACUGAAACAACAGACAUUAAAGUCGUGGCGGGAUUCAUUAGUGACAUUUCUUGCAACUGAACAUCAUCUUAUUGACCUUGUUGUGACAUUCCAACAUCUGCCAAACUCAGCAAUUCUUUGUGAUCAUCAAUUUAUCUUCU